AUGGGAUUCUUUUUUUUAUUCAACAGGGAAGCUGUAGUUCUUGAUCUUCGGACACCUUGUAGGCGAAAUCAAAUGAUAUGAAACAGAAAAACAAAAGGACCUUUUUGGCACUUUAACGAACAUUUCGUUAUUUAUUUAUUUUGUUACCAGACUACAUUUUAUUUCGACUACAAUUGAUGGAUUUGACGAGGUAUUCAGUGUAGCCUAAUGACAGCGGUAUGUCUCCACCUGCAAGAGACCCACCUCCGUCUCAACCCUUUCUGCUGUGUUACUCCGGAGCUCACCCCAGCUUUGAGCACGAGCCAAGAGGAAACCAAAUGGCAAGCCGUCGGGUUGGAUUCUGCUUAAGUGACAAGAAAAGAAAACGUAUGAAUUUGUCAGCGUUUGCGGACCUCUGUGCGGGUCGUGGCAUUGACGUGGUCGAGAUAGACCUCAGCCGGCCACUGCCAUCCCAAGGGCCCUUCAGUGUCAUCGUGCACAAACUCUCUGAUGUCAUCGUGGAGGCUGAACAUGACAGCCAAUCGGAACAACUCCUCAGCAAUUUCCAGAGUUACAUCUCAGCACAUCCUGAGACAGUACUUGUGGACCCACUGCCAGCCAUGACCCAGCUGCUGGACCGCUUCACUUCCUAUCGCAUCAUCAGCCAGUUACAGAGCACACUGGAAGGAAGAAGCAUCUGCUGCCCUCCUUACCUGGAGAUCAACACCAGGGACCCGUCCGUGAUACAGGCUGCUGUGCGGAGCAGACAGCUCAGCUACCCUCUGAUCUGCAAGACCAGAGUAGCUCAUGGAUCCCGUUCCCAUGAGAUGUCUCUGAUCUUCAGUGAGGCUGGGCUGUGUGACGUCCACCCCCCCUGUGUCCUCCAAAGCUUUGUGAACCAUGGAGCAGUGCUGCACAAGGUGUUUGUGGUGGGAGACGACCACUUCACUGUGGAGAGACCGUCUCUCAAGAACUUCCCCCCUGGGCCCUGUGACAGGUCGACCAUUUUCUUCAACAGCCACGACGUCUCUAAGCCAGAGUCUUCCUCCCAUCUUACAGCGCUGGACGACACCAUGCCACGGCUGCCCGCUCCGAGUGACGACGCCAUGGUGGCACUGGUGAGGCAGCUGCGGGCACAGCUCGGCAUGUCGCUGUUCGGGGUCGACGUCAUCGUGAACCUUCACACACACACACUCACCGUCAUCGACAUCAACAUCUUCCCAGGUUAUGAGGGAGUCCCACAGUUCUUCUCUUCUCUCCUGAACUACAUAGAGUCCAUCAUGGAGAAGCAGGAACCAUCACAGCCAGCAGUGGCCCCUAUCCUCAGUCCCCAGCCUACUCAGCGUAACGAGGAGCAACAACCAGCAGGGGGCGACAACUCCUGACCUGGUAUAUUAUCCACGGUGGAAAACUACAACCACAGAGGGAAACAGUGGCGUGAUGAAAACUGACACCACGGCGGUGAUUUAACGCAAGAAAGUGCCAAGAGUUUGGGUAGCUGUGCAAGGCCACUGUUUACUUCAGUGCAUUGACUGAGGAAGUGAGAAUCCCAAGUGGGAUGUGUGUUAUUUACCGAGUGGAGGAGUGGAGGAGUGGAGGAGUAGAGGAGUGGAGGAGUCUUUAAUGGGCCUAAAUGGGCUAACAUGUCUGAUGGGACUCAGGAGAGGGCUUCUGGUGGUCUCGUUUACUUUCUCUCUGCUCCUGUUUGGGAAUGUUUCUGGGAGUAUAUUUGGGUACUUAGGACUCCUGUUUGGGAAUGUUUUUGGGAGUAUAUUUGGGUCAUUAGGACUCAUGUUUGGGAAUGUUUCUGGAAGUGUAUUUGUCAUUAGGGAAGUUUUAUAUGUAGAUAUUUAGACAAAAGUGUGAAUAGGUAUGAGACAAACAAAUCAUAUAAACCUUUUAUGAAUUCAAGUUAUACUCUGUGCACUACUUUUUAAAAUACUACAUACAGAUGAGAAUGUAUAGUAAACCAUAUAGACCUCGUGCUGUGAAUGCGAACAGGUCAACAACACACACCAUCGAUGAGACUGUGAUUUCCACUGUGCUUUUAUUGACAGUCCAUUUAGCGUAAGACACAACAGGCACAAAUAUUAACAGGCCCACCAGUGACCAGUGUAAUCACUACACACAGCUCUAUUCGUUUACCACAGGGCCGCCCUGGAACAUGUAUACUGUAUGCUUCCACACACCACUCUUAUUCCCUUUAGUUUAGAAGUGGACAAUCAGCAGGACAUUAACUGUUGUCUAUAGGAGGUGUCUAUAGGUGGUCAUAUAAUUAUAUACAUUAUAAUUGCUUUGUCAUUCUCUGGACAUAAAUACAUUCAAUAGAUUAUACAAAGACACUGCAUGUAAGAUAAAAGUGGCAUUUUCCCUUACCCUGCUAUAAGAUUAUGAGUAUAAUUUAACAGAAUAACUUGGAUAAAAUGAUAAAUACAAAAAGUUAAUAUAUAUUGAAUGUACUUUAUAUUGACACUUGUUCAGAAUAAAAUAGUUUAUUUUGCCUA